AAAUGUUUGAACCAGGAAGUAAACAACUGGGAUUCUGACGCGCCGUGGAGAAGCCGAGAAUGACAAAGAUGGUCACACCAGUGCUCCUCCUGUUGUCGUCUGCUCUGUUCAUCACAGCAAAUAAAAAUGAAAUACGUGAAAUACAUGUGUGUAAAUCUACCCCUACACGAGGACGUAAAGUCAAUCUCGUUCACUAUAAGAUGGAAACCCCACGUGGCAGCGUGUGCAGAUGCAGCAUUACGGCAAAUAUGGAUAUCACCAUGGAAACGGAACCUGGAAAUACAUGCAGCGAAUGCAGGAAGGACUCCCAAAAAGCGGAACCAUGCAUUGUCCAUUGUGAGAUUUCGAAAGACCCAAACGGUCAACGGAAAACUACUAUUCAAAACGGCACUAAUAUCAACAUUAAUGUGACCAAUAUUAAUGGCACUAUAAUGAGCUUAAAAGCAACAGGUGGCAACGUUAGAGUUCAAUGUCAUCCGACAGACCCGGGCAUAUGUGCAGUCAACGAAGACGAGGUACUUCCAUCGCACACACAAGUGUGUUUUCACGACACGGGUGUGAAUACGCCAGUCAGCAAGUCGAAGUGCAGCCAAAGUGGCAGCGUCAUCAACAUCACUGCUGUUUAUGUUGGUGUUGACAAGGACAUUUCCUGUGUUAAUAAGCCAGGGCGAAUUUCCCAUACGGACGCAUAUUGCUGUCCCCCAGACACAGCAAAAGACGUUUCACUCAAAGCUGAUUGUGUACAAGGUUUAAAAACAAUCAACGACAAGAGCAUGAAAACAAGAGAAUGUACAAUUAAAGAACCGUGGGUUCUUCAUGUGCGAAAAUCCACUGGAGCUCCCACCAAACUGUUCUCGAGUUACGUAAUAGUUGAAUACAGUUGUGCACAGAUUCCGUCUCCUGGUGCGACGAGUACAACCAACAAAAAGGAUGCGUCUGUUUGUAUAGAUGUAUGCAGUUCAAAGACUGUUAGAGGACCUAUAGUUGUCAUCAUUCACGCCCGAGAUGAAGCACACUCUGGCACAUGUACAUGUAGUAUUAUGUCGAGGAACUGCGUCACAAUGAAACUGUUAACCAGCUUCCAAUGUAAUAGUUGUGUCAAUGGCAGUCUGGAGGAGGGACACUGCUGCUAUACGGACAGUGAGAAAUCAGAGUGUACACAGAAUAUGACCAUCACAAUUAAUACUGAUUUCAUGGGGAAAGGACAACUCCUAAACUUUAGUGGCCACGGUGGAGCCAAAACGGAUGAGGGCAGUGCAGAGUUAGUGGUCAGCUGUAAUCAAAGAUCACCAACCAAUCCAACCAAUCCAACCAAUCCAACUAAUAUUGAUGACAAAGACAGCAGUCACGUCCGCACGGCAACAGUUGCAGCAACAGUAACAUCGGUGACGCUCCUCAUCGUGGUCAUAACCCUGGUUGUUGUAGUAGCAGUUAGAAGGAGAAGGAGAACAGCGAGAAAACCUCCUAUCUACAUGACGGGAGAAGAGUCAGGGCAGAGACAAAGUGGGGAAACAGGACCUUCUGGCUCCAGUCCUAGCAGAGGUCAGAGUUUGCAUGGAAUGGCAUCGGCAUCAGUUCACCAUCCGAACGAGGGUGUUGCUGGGGGCAUGGAUGAUCAGGCAGCCGGCGUGAGAGCUGAAGCUGCUGAUGCGACUCCAAACCAAGAUGCUGUUGACGAGGGCAUGUAUGACAGUGCUAGAGGCCCUAGCCAAGGGCCAGGAGGAGGAGGAGGAGGAGGAGGAGGGGGAGGGGGAGGGGUGUACGGGAAGCUGACCCGGGAGUCUGGAGAAGAGGAUGUGUAUGACCAUGCAAAUAGCGGUAAGGUCAGGAAGGUGCAACAGGUGACGGGCAUCUACGGGAGACUCAGCCACCAUGCGGAUGACGAUGUGUAUGACCAAGCCAGAAGAUUAGAAGUAACGCCGUCUGUGGCGGAUGGUAACACAUACGGGCGUUUGGAGGAUGUCGCUGAGGAGGAUGUCUACAACCACACUAACUCCACGAAAUCUAAAGUGGGAGCACAAGACAACGAGGACUAUUCGACGCUUAAGCAAGAUGUGUAA